CCGCUACCCGGUUGUGCACUUAUCACCAUGGUUGAGACCCGCGGUGGGACGAGCACUAGCCCCUAUACCCAGGAGCAUAAAGAGAAGAUAGCCGCCAUAGUGAAGGAAAACAGAGCGAGGAAGGGGCUCCUGAAGCAAGCGAAGUUGAAGGCUAUCGCAGAGGAGCAGGCGGCGAAGAUGAAGGAGUUGGAGGAGGAGAUGGAGAAGAAGAAGAAGGCUGCUGAAGAAGAAGCGGCAGCAAAAGUAGAGGAGGAGAAAAAACGAAAGGGAAAGGAAGUAGAGAGCAGUGGCGCGAUGAAAGAAGAAGUAGAGAUGGAGAAAAACACAAGUGAGUGGAUCGCUAAUUUAUGGUUGGGCGAAGAUGAGGAGACCGAGUUCUAUGUCCCAAAGGAUGAGAGGGAUGCGCUGGCCAGCGAGCUAGCCGCGAUGGAGGAUCCUCUGGAAUGAAGGGAAAGAGAGAAGGAGAAGAAAUUGGAGUGGAAGCUGAGGAUGAAGAGAGAAAGGAAGAAGAGGAGGGAGGAAGUUAACAGGUUGACCGCGGAAGUGGCAAAAGUGCAGGAUUGUAGGCGAGAAGUGGGGGCACAGGCAGAUGUUUCUGCCAAGAUGGAUAAAAUGUUGGGUUACCU